AUGAAGGAAAUGUCCUGCUUCUGCUUGACUUUUUCUUCCUUGUUGGAACAGAUGGUGAAGGCUUACAAAUACGUGACUGGUAUUUUUUCAGUGACUCAUAGCUCAGAGCCACAGGUUUCAGAGGGUGAUAAGAAGCUCACCAAGAUGGAUGUAAGCGUACUUGAGGAGCAGUAUGACCAUAUAAAACAGAAGCAAAAACUGCAACCACACAUUAUUGUAUAUAAAACAGGUGGGCAUGAAUCUGUUCUGCCAGAAUCAAUGGUCAACCCUGUUCUAAUUAAUAAGAAAGUUAAAAGAUCAAAGUCAUGUAGAGGAGACGUCCCUGUCAGAAAGGUCACACUGGAGACAAUCAACGGUGGCAACUCAGAAGACAACUUGCUCUGGCACAUCCACCUGGGAACUCACCGCCUGGGGCAGGCCCCUGCACAAGGAGAUUCCUGCGAUCUUUCCCAGUGCAACAGCUCACCGUGGAGUUUUGACAACAAGAGACUGAUUUCAAAGGGAAAUGGCACACCACAGACCGAGGAAUCAGCAGGAGCGGGUGAACUCUCUGAGCUCAGGCAGCUGGGAAGCUCGAGCCUGUUGAACAGUCUCAGCAAAGAGAACGGCUGCAACAUUUCAAGCUCCUGCCAAAAGCCUCCUCUGAAAUCAGCCACUGCAGCACUUUGGGCACAUCAGCAGAUUUCUGCUACAAAAUGCAUGCCAGCCUGCAACAAACUGAACUUUUACCCUUUUCCGAAUAGGAAAGGGCCCAGAAUUUCUGAAGCAGCAAGAAGGCUCGGGUUAUAUGUGUCACAAUGA